AGCUCAAGCACUUUCGGGUGCUGUUGCAAGAUAGCCUUUGGUGCUUUCUGUGCCGAACGGCUUGCGAUACCGUGCCUACAUAUUGGUUUGGUCCAUGGAUAAACCCUACACCGAGACCGUCAAAGAGGGCAAGAACAAGAAAGCAAUCCACCUCAGCGUUUUGCUUGCGCUUGUGGCACUGGCAUUUGGUUUGGAUCAGCUUCUCUUUGGUUCUUUUGAAACGGCCAGUUUGAAACAGUUGUGCGGGAGUGCAGCAGAUUUGUUGGUUGGAUGUGCGCUGGCAGUGCUUGCGCUUCAAGCCUACCUUUGGCAAAGCAAGAAGCCCAGCCAGAAAGAUCAAAAAGGUCAAAAGAGCCGUUUAGAACGCCCUGAUGGCAAAUCUGAAGCCUUCAAGGCAGCUCAAACCCAGCUAAACAGAGACUUGGACAAAGCCUCUCAGAACGGGGAGGCAAAAAGACUAGUGACAAUGCUGAAAAAGUUCGAGGCAGAACAUGGCUUGCCAGAUGCUUUGAGCUACAACCUUGUACUUCGAGCACAUGCCAAAAAUGGAAGCUACAAAGAUGCCGGUGAGUGGAUCCUUCGAAUGGAAGAGAUGGGCAAGGCCACUGUUUGCAGUUACAACACCAUGCUGGAUGCCUAUGCCAAGGCAGGGAAAAGCAGAGCAUGCGAGACUUGGCUGCAGCGCAUGCUAGACAAAGGCCAGCAGCCAAAUGUUAUAAGCUUUGCUACUGUGAUCCAUUCCUUUGCCCGCCAUGGGGAUGAGACUUCUGCAAGCCGCUGGCAGACCAAGAUGCUUGAGAUGGGUGUGGAGCCUGACACUGUAAGCUACAACUCCCUGAUCCAUGCCUGUGGAGUCAAAGGGAAUAUUCAAUCGGCGGAAGCCUGGCUGGAAGACAUGCUCAGCCGGAACUUACAGGCCAGCACUACGACCUUUGCCAGCCUCAUUGAUGCCUGUGCAAAGGCUGGUGAUUUGGAGAAGGCAGAGAAGUGGAUGGAGGAGAUGUUGAAGCGUGGCAUUGAACCAAACGUGGUGACUUUCGGUGCUGUUAUCAAUGCAUGUGCCAAGGCCUCGAGCGAGGACCGUUUGCAGCGCGCGGAGUUUUGGCACAGUAAGAUGCUUGAGAUGGGCGUGGCACCCAAUCUUCAUACGUAUAGCGCCCUGAUCAAUGCAUGUGCCAAAGCAGGCAAGGCAGAUGAGGCAGAGAAGUGGCUGUUGGAUCUAGAAGGCUCUGGCCUACAGAGCGAUUCCAUCGUUUAUGGUAGUGUCAUGGAUGCCUGUGGAAAAGCCGGUGAUUGCGAGAAGGCCUUGGCCAUGUUUAAGCGGAUGCGGUCCAGAGGAAUUCGGGCUCACGUGGUCACAUAUUCUGCUCUUGCCCGACCAUUUGCCUACAGAGGCAAGUGGCAACAGGUCGAAGACAUAGCAGUAGAAAUGCAGAAAGAAGGUCUAAAGCCAAACGAGUUCUUCAUUUACGCACAGCUCCUGGCCUAUGCAACAGCAAAACCCAAAGAGACACAGCGCGCUGAAAGCUGCAUUUGCGAGGCCAUUCAUGCGGGUGUUGUGCCAAACCAGCACAUUUUCGGGGGCUUGGCUCGUGCUGUGGGCCGAAAGCGUGCAACGGAAUUGCUGGAAAGUCUUGGACACAAGAUUCAGAGUCACAAGGGAUGACAUGGCAAUGAGAAGUUAAAAAGGAUUUAUAUACUGUAAGUUGGCUAUGAGCUGCAUAGAUUCUGGCGGCGUGCACUUGCCCUGACAAAAGCUAAGCAGAGGAGUUUGAGCAAUUGACUUGCACUAUCUAGCGCUGGCAUGAAGAUGUUCGAAUUCGACCCUUCGGAUCAGAG